AUGGUUAAAAGGGAGACGCUGUGGCAGGAAGGCAUAUGCCUCGAGGAGAGAAACUGUGGUGGAAAGGCACUGUGGAUCAAGCUGAGGCACUGUGGACGAGAGGCGCUGUGCAUUGAGUGUCGACUGUGUGGUGGGAAGGGACUGAGUCGAGGGGUGGCGCCAUCGCGGGAAGGCAUUGUGGGUCUAGGGGAGGGGCCGUUUCGCUUGAAGGAGCUCACUCCCAGGUUUGUUCCACAAAACGCUAUGUCUGAGAAAUGGCAACAGAAACUUUCUCCACCAUACAGGAAGCAUGAGAGAGACAGAGAUGAAGGAUACUAUAAUGGUGGAAUUGCAUCUCAAGGAAGAAAGAAAGAUUGGAGUUCUUUCCAAGAUAAUCGUGGUAGGAAGAGCCACUGUUAUCAUCACGAUCACUAUGACCGUCAGCUUCAUCAUCGAGAAGGGGAUAAAUUCCUACAGAUGAGAGAUGUCCAAGAAGACUCCAAAGGAAGAUACACCCCCUAUUCUAUCAGACACAAGAGGAGAAUGAAAUAUCAGGAUGAAGACCAAAACAGUUUUACUGGGGGGAGAAACAGAAAACAUCGAGAGAGUGAAAUGAUGGGGAAAAAACAAGAUAAAAGACCAGAAACCUGGUUCAAGAUUACAAUUCUGAAUGGGAGAAAGUAUGAGAAGAAAUGGCUCCUGGAUUCCAUUCAGAACCACUGCCGUUUACCAUUCAAUCCAGUGGAUUUCCACUAUGUGAAAAAAUGGGCUCGAUUCUUUGUCCAGAAUUCUAGAAUUGCCCAUGCACUGAAGGAUGUCAGCAGUAAGAUUUAUGAUCAGGAAAACCAAAAGAUAUCUAUAGUUAUCAGUAAAUCUCCUGAGCCUUACUCUGUGCUGAAUAAGUUGCAGCCAAAAGAAAUGAAGGAGCUAGAGCUGACCAUGAAGAAUAGGUAUGAUGUUACCCAGAAAUCUCUUGACCUUGAGAUGCUCCGCUUUGACUCAGACUUGAUGCACCAUGAUAUUGAUAUAUUCCUGAAUCGAAGACAAUGCAUGUCUGCUGUCCUGCAAAUCAUAGAAAAGAAUUUCCCUGAGCUGUUGUCCCUGAAAUUAGGCAGCAACAAACUCUACCAGCUUGAUGGUCUGUCUGACAUUAUACUGAAGGUCCCCACAAUCAAGAUCCUGGACCUCUCCAAAAACAAACUGAAAUCCAUGUGGGAAGUAAGCAAAAUAAAAACCCUGAAGCUUGAAGAGCUGUGGCUGGAGGGGAAUCCCUUGUGUAAGGCUUUCCAGGACCAGUCUUCCUACAAAAGUGCUGUGCAGGAUCUAUUCCCUAAAUUGCUGUACCUGGAUGGCCAGAAGUUAUAUCAACCAGUUGUUGAUGUUGAUAUGUCCCAUUCAACAAAGUCUACUGAGGAUAGCCAGAAGUUACAUCAGCCAAUUGUUGAUGUUGAUAUGGACCAUUCAACAAAGUCUACUGAGGAUGGCCAGAAGUUAGAUCAGCCAGUUAUUGAUGUUGAUAUGUCCAAUUCAACAAAGUCUACUGAGAAUGAAUGUAAAGGAUCUGAGGUGAUGAAGAAUCAGAUACUGCAGUUCCUUCAACAGUAUUACAUGAUAUAUGACUGUGAAAACCGACAGGGUCUCCUGGAUGCUUAUCAUGAUAAUGCGUCCUUCUCUCUGUCCAUUCCUUUUAACUCCAGUGACCCAUCUCUAAGUGGCUUGUGCAAAUACUUCAAGGAGAGCAAGAAUAUGACAAUACUCAAGGAUUCGUGUCAGCGAAUUCAACUGUUGGAACACACAAAACAAGCCAUUCUGCACACUCUAUGCAUGCUACCUCAAACUCAGCACGACCUCAGUUCUUUCCUGAUAGAUGUAUGGGUGCAGUCGGAAACCAUGCUCUGCUUUUCUGUCCAUGGGACCUUCAAAGAAGUGGAAGACAAAACUAAGGGUUCUGUUUAUGCCUUCGUCCGGACCUUCAUCACUGUCCCUGCCAGAAAUUCUGGUUGUCUGAAAGCCUAUUCUUCAUCCAGUAUGUGUAUCAUGAAUGAUGAACUGUUUGUGAGGAUUAUCAACAACAAUGAGAUCCGGCCUGCACAUUCCACAUCAGAGUCCACACCAUCUUGCAGUUCUGCACCCACCUACUCCAAGGAGCAGCAAGACAUGGUGCAGGCGUUCUCCAUCCAGUCUGGAAUGAACCUGCAGUGGUCUUGCAAGUGCCUUCAAGAAAAUGAAUGGAAUUUUAUAAAAGCUGGCCAUAUCUUCACUGUGUUAAAGACUGAAGGCAGGAUUCCAGAGGAGGCCUUCAAACAAACUCAAUAA